AUGGAACUUAUUGCUGUUCAAGAGAGACGUCGUUUUGAAGCAGUGAUCGUGUAUGUAUCGCUUUGUCGUUUGAAGCGAUCAUCACGCGCAAACAUGGUGAUUGUAACCAACAUCACCUCCACCAUCAUCAUCGCCUUCUCUUUGGACCGUCAACUGAAUGCUAAACCUUAA